CCAGUCCAAGCACCAUGGCCGGGGAUGGCACUGAUGAAGAGGCGCGUAAUUCACCAUACGAAAGCACGGCUAUGCAGGAAAGGUCUACAGAGGGAAAUAUGAGGAGCGAUCUAGAGGCCCCUGCAUCUCCGGGAAUAGAAGGUGCCGCCAUCAGGUGUAGGGAUGUGUGUCGCUCGUAUGGCAAGCUGAAAGUCCUAAGCAGUCUCAACCUGACUGUGCCGCAAGGACAGAUCUAUGGCCUCCUGGGACCCAGUGGUUGUGGGAAGACCACCCUGCUGAAAUGUAUAGUGGGAACCCUCAAGAUCUCCCGGGGGAACAUCACGGUCCUGGGCAAGCCCCCGGCGUUCCCUGGCCACGACGUUCCCGGCAGGAUGGUUGGCUACAUGCCCCAGGACAUUGCCUUGUACAGUGAAUUCACCAUCAGUGACACCCUAUGGUUCUUCGGCCGCAUACACGGGCUCACCUCCAAAGAGACCCAGGCCAGAAUGGACUUCCUCAUCGAUUUCCUGGAUCUGCCACAAAAGAACAGCCUCGUCAGAAAUCUCAGUGGUGGGCAGAGGAGAAGAGUGUCUCUCGGAGCGGCGCUGCUGCAGAACCCCCGUCUGUUGAUUCUGGACGAGCCCACCGUCGGAGUUGACCCUGUCCUGAGGGCAAAGAUUUGGCAGCAUCUUGUAGACAUCGUAAGGGGAGGGCAGGUGUCAGUCAUUAUCACGACGCAUUACAUCGAGGAGGCCAGACAAGCCACCACCGUGGGUCUGAUGCGAGGUGGGCACCUUCUUGCUGAGGCUCCACCUGAGACCCUGAUGGAGCAGCGCAACUCACUGACACUGGAGUGUGCCUUCCUGCAGCUGUGUGAGGACUCAGACCAAAUGGUGUCCAAGCAGCAGAGCAGCUCUGAGGGGAAGCUGAUGGUGGACAGCCAGACCCCAGAGGGCUACAAGGACGAGAGCCGCCCCAUCCUCAGCUCAGGGAAGAGCCCCUCACCGGCAGAUGAAGUGCCCAGAUUUACAGCGGACUGGAAGGUGAGGGUUUGGCACGUGUUGCCAAAGUGGCGGAACGUUGCCGCUCUGGUGAUCAAGACACUGGUGCGGAUGAAGAGGAUGCCAGGGUCCCUGUGUUUCCAGUUCCUGUUGCCCGUCAUCCAGAUCUCUCUCAUGUGCUUGUGUAUCGGCGGGGACCCCAAAGGCAUUCAGGUGGCCGUGGUGAACAACGAAACGGGUUCACACUCAUUCAGCCGAUCCCUCCUCUCCUUCCUGGACAACACCAGCAUCAUCCAGGUCAACCUGUCCCAUGCUGAAGCUUUUGCUGGUAUCCAUAAUGGAGAAUAUUGGGGAGUUGUAGAGUUUGGCAAAAACUUCACCAGCUACUUGACCAAGAGAAUGCUGAACCCCCGGAGUUCACGAGAGGUGGUGGAUGGUGGUUCUGUGCAUGUCUGGUUGGACCUAACAAAUCGGCAAAUUGCAAUAAUGCUGCAGAAGAAGCUUCAUGAUGCUUUUGAGGGAUUUGUCCAGUCGAAGCUGGGUAGUAUGGCUUAUAUGGUUGCUCCUCCUAUUAAGUUUGAGGAGCCCAUUUAUGGCAGCAAGAACACAGACUUCACCACCUUCGUAACUCCAGGAGCUAUUCUGAGUAUUACUUUCUAUCUGGCUGUAGGCUUGACUGCUUUGUCGUUUGUGCUGGAGAGGAAAGAGGGCUUGCUGGACAGGUGUUGGGUUGCAGGUAUCAUAUCCCUAGAGACCAUGCUUGCGCACCUGUUUCAGCUCCUGGUCAUCAGCGUCCAGGUCAUCUUAAUGCUCCUCUUCAUCUUCCUCGUCUUCAAAAUUCCUAACGAGGGAUCUCUGGCCCUGGUCGUCUCGUUAAUUAUUCUGCAAGGGGUGACAGGAAUCUCCUUCGGAUUGGUCAUCUCGUCUGCCAUCGAUGACGAGCAGUCUGCCAACCAGGCUGCCCUCGGCGUCUUCUACCCCAAUCUCAUCAUCAGCGGAGUGAUCUGGCCGGUGGAGUGCAUCCCCUACCCCCUGCGCUACCUCAGCCUGGCCCUGCCACAGACCUACGCCUCCGAAGCCCUGCGCUGCAUCAUGUACCGAGGAUGGGGUCUCACACGACUGAUGGUAUGGAGAGGCUUCGCCGUCACUCUGGGCUGGAACACCUUCUUCCUCGUCCUCGCCACAGUCAUCCUCAAGCUGAGGUCGUGAAGUCACCUCCCCGUGCGAGGCGCGUCAGGGGACGGGGGAGAGCCCCGUCAGGCGAGACCCUGGCUCCACAGCCUGCCGUUAGGCCUCUCUCUCUCUCUCUCCCUCGAGCUCCCUCCGCAUGAGGUCUAACUGACAAUAACACUCUGGGCCUCCAGAAAUGAAAACAAGGGUGGAUGCCUGGGCUUGUCAGUCAGAGCCUCUGUGUCUUCGUCCUCCCUGUCUUUAUCGCUGGCAGCUGCAGAGCAAAACAUACCUGUUGACUCCUCAUUGAG